AUCAACUUGCAUCCGCAAUACUCGCAGGUCCUCAAGAGCCUCCACGCCGUCUUCUGUACCAAGCUUGUCUGGAGCGACUUCGUAGGCAGCGCCAUUGCGGCGCUUGCCAAGUCCCUUGGCUUGAAGUUUAGCAUGUACAGCGACGACACCCGCGGCGCCCACCUCGAGCGCCUCUACACCACCCAGAAGAAAGCAGCACGCGCGCUGCGCGCCGUAGCGCGCAUCCGCUGCCUCCAACAAGUACGACAGACCCGGCUCGACAUCGAGCAGGUGGACAACGUCGGCGUCGACGCAUCAUUCGAUCGAGUCUUCACCAAGUGGUAUUCCGCGCUGGACGACCGCGACAGGAAGCUUCUCACGAUUUGCCACAACG